AUGCCCCCUCGCAAGAGCAACGCACGCGCGCCGCUCGCGUCGAGCCCUUCAAGCCCGGUUGUACAGGAUUAUCCUGGCAAGAAACCGGAUGGGAGUGGACUCGAUGAACCCCUCUGGACCGCGUGCCGCGACAUGCUAGAUGCCGUGUACAAAGCUAAGAGUCAAGGGCGACCGAUGGCCGAGAUCUUUAUCGAGCUACCGGAUGCAGACGAGUAUGCCGACUAUUAUCUAGCCAUUCCAGACCCCAUCUGCUUAGAUAUUAUCAACACUCGCCUUGGUGAACCCCAUUACAUUCACCCAGAAGACUUCUUCAAGCAGCUGCACCUCGUCUUCCUCAACGCCAUGCACUACAACGAGGAAGGCUCCCAGGUCUGGAACGACGCCAAGCAGUACGAGGGCAUGAUGCUCGACAUGUGGAGGAAGGGAGUGGCCAAAGGGCCAUUCACCAGCUUCGACCCGUACCACAAGGGAAGGAAGCAGAUGAAGGCGGCGCUUGGGCGCGGUUCCGCCGUGUCUGGGACGUCCUCUACGUCCCCAGUCGCUGUCAAGACCGAGUUACCUGCGGCCGGGACCCCACCCGUUAUACACCUCCGCGUUUCCAGGCCAGACGCGAACGCUGCUGCUAGUGGGAGCGCGUCUCAAGCAUCGCCUCAACAGUCCGCGACCUCGCCCGCAUCACGGGAGACGCGUGGAACGCGCGCAGCCGCAGCUGCCGCUACCGCCAAGAUGGCUUCGCCCGUCAAGUCGACACAGCAGCUACCGCCGCAGCAGUCGUCGCGCGCUGCCGGACCGACAGGUUAUCACGGCCUCAGCGCCGAGAACAACUCCAUCGUCGCAGCCACCGACUCCUCGUUUCCCAUGUGGCCUGGGCCCAAGAUCCAAUUGCCAGGUGACCCGGCGCCUGGGGGACAUCCGGGAAGUGGGUGGUGGGGAGAAGGUUCGCCCGACUACGAACGUUCGGUCGGUGGUCAGGCCAGCUACAAACAGCGCAUCCAUGCCGUAGCAGAGGCUAUCGCCGCGUACAAGGACCCAUCCAGAGGAAACACCUUGUCAGCAGUGUUCGGCCUUAUUCCUCCGGUUGUCAACCUGCCAUACCUUGCGCCAUCCGCCGCGGCCGUGCCCGGUUUCACCCACAUCCUCAACAAUGCCCGCAACGGUCGUUACUCCGUCCUCGUCGAGUUCGACUUGGAGAUGGCCAAGUUGUUCGAGAAGGCGCGCCGCGUCUUCGAGGGGCGGCCGGCCGAGUACGGCAAGGUCCUCACACUCCAGCGAUUAUACAACGCCUUAACGGCUCCGUUCCCCCUCAAGCUCCCUAUCCCCAUGCCUUCACCAACGUUGUUCGCGUCUCUUCCAUCAGGCCCAGGCAACCCGCGCACUAUGACCGUUCAGGAGGCCCACGACGCCGUCCGCGCGGGCGCACCCCCAGAAGUCGCCAACCAGGGCAUCACGACGUACCGCAUCCCCACCAAGGACCGCAUCUUCACUGAGGACGCACGUCACAAGGGCGUCUCGUACAGGGCCGGCGAGUAUGUGCACCUCAUCAACCCGGACGAUGCGUCAAAGCCAAUCAUCGGCCAGAUCUUCAAGACCUUCCUCCCGACCCAGGGAUAUCCCACCCAUCACGUUACGGUGUGCUGGUACUUCCGCCCGGAGCAAACGGUGCACAUCGCCGAACAGAUGUACUUUGAGAACGAGGUGCUCAAGUCUGUCUACUUUUGUGACCACCCAAUCGAGGACGUGAUCGAGAAGGUCGCCGUCCAGCCCUGGAGCGCGGCCGAGGCCGGGCGCCCACAGCCGCAGGUAUGGCACCCCGGCUUCCCACUUUAUACCGCUCGCUCGCGGUACAUCGACAAGGCGCACUUCCUACUCGAGGUCAAGGACUGGAACAAGCUGCAGCCUGAGGGUGCCAGCCUGCUCCACUUCUUCACCAACGUCGUGGCAUUCAAGCACAGGAUCCAGCUCCCACUGGUAAAGUCGCCCUUAUUGCGUGGUGCCAAGGGCCCCGGCCGUAUCGAGCGCCCGAAACGGCAAGCGAUGCCCGACGACGACGAGAGCAUGGACAUGAAUGUGGCUUACGGCCGCAUGGCCCCUCCAGCCGCGCGUAUGCCUGAACAGCGCCCAACUCCUCCAUCCAACCGCUCGUCCUUCAACCAGCCGGCGCCGAGUCCACACCAGCGGCAGCAGCCGACACCAGGGCCGUCGCGCACGCCCUCGGCCCAGGCAGUGCAGCAGCGUGCGCCCCAACAACAGCGCCAGCAGUCGUGGCAGCAGCCGACGCGGCCGCAGCAGGCUCCUUCCUUCCCGAACCGCACGUUUGCAAGCGUGACAGGCGGCACGCAGGUGCUUGAGCAGAUCGCGGUGCGCGAGUUCCUCCCGCCCGAGACUGCCAAGCUGUUUGAGCAGGACGCACGGCACCAGGUGCUGUGGUUCAGCGGACCGCCUCUAGCCCAAGGCGCAGUUCAGAUCCCGUCGCCACCAAACCACAGUCUCGAGUACCUGUCCUUCCUGACACGACGGAAGCGCGGAGCUUCCAAGGCAACAUCGCGCCCGACUAACGCCAAGCGAUUCAAGGCGGACGGUGGAAGAGAGAAGACGGAAAGCGCCGACGUCGACGGCGAGGAGGAGGAUGCGGACCUGUUGGCCGAGUGGUGGACGCAGGGAAUGACGCGGGAGGAAGUACUCGCGAGCCUCAAGGCUGUCGUGAACGGCUCGGCGUAA